AUGCAAACUCUGCUCGGACUGUUUCUAAUUUUCUUUUGCUUUAUGUUUGUCUCAUUAUUAGGUGGGGAUGUGUGUGUUUCGGGUCAUGACAGUGGGCCAGUGUUUGAAGAGCAGCCAUCCAGUCUGAUUUUUCCAGAAGGGCUGCCUGAGGGCAAAGUGACACUGAAUUGCCAGGCGAGAGCCAGUCCUACAGCAUCCUACAUGUGGCGUGUUAAUGGGACAGAUGUGGUAAUAGGAGAAGACUCUCACUACACUUUGGUGGCAGGGAAUCUGGUGAUCAAUAACCCCCAACAUAGCCAUGAUGCUGGUUCAUACCAAUGCCUUGCCAUCAACCGCUGUGGCACUAUCAUUAGCCGAGCAGCUAACCUCAAAUUUGGCUAUCUCCAUGAUUUCCCCUCAGAAAGAAGGAGUCCUCAAACUGUUUAUGAGGGAGUUGGGACUUAUUUGGCUUGCCAGCCUCCAGCUCACUACCCAGCUCUCUCCUACCGUUGGAUCCUGAAUGACUUCCCUAGCUUCGUCCAGCCAGAUGGGGGAAGGUGGUUUGUGUCCCAGGUGACAGGCAACUUGUAUCUGGCUAAUGCCAAAGCCAAUGACACAGGCAACUACUUCUGCCUCACCACCAUUAACAUGGACAUCACCACUAAGAGCACAUUCAGCAAAGCCAUUCAGCUCACAGUGCAGCCUGAUGCUAACCCCAAGAAGUCAGCCCCCAAUAUCCGUGUGCGUUUUCCCUCUGAGACGUAUACUUUGGCUGGUCACACCACACAACUAGAGUGCUUUGCCUACGGCAAUCCUACACCUAAGUUGCGCUGGAAGAAAACGGAUGGAGUUUUACCCUCCAAGGUUGGAGUGAGUGCAGAUAGCCCCAUCCUGAACAUUCCUGACUUAAGCUUUGAUGAUGAGGGCAUGUAUGAAUGUGAGGCUUACAGUCCAGAGGGACGGGAUACGCACCAGGGUCGCAUUUCAGUCCAAGCCCAACCAGAGUGGCUCCAGGUGAUGAGCGAUUCUGAGGUGGAAAUCAGCUCAGAGCUAAACUGGAGUUGUGUGGCUGCAGGAAAACCAAGACCACUAAUACGCUGGCUUCGCAACGGACUACCUCUUAGCACCCAGGAUCGUGUGGAGGUGAACAGUGGUCACCUAAAAAUUAGCAACUUGGCACUGGAGGAUUCUGGAAUGUACCAAUGUGUAGCUGAGAACAAACAUGGCACCAUCUACUUUAAUGCAGAACUCCGAGUUCAAGUCCAGGCUCCAGACUUUAGGUUGAACCCAGUGAGAAAGCUGGUCCCUGCUGCUCGUGGUGGCCAGGUUAAGAUGGAGUGUAAACCACGUGCAGCUCCUAAACCCACACUCUUCUGGAGUCGUGGCACCGAGCUCCUCACCAACAGCAGCAGGGUUACAGUCACGCCAGAUGGGGUUCUGUGGAUCUAUAAUAUCAGCCGUGCAGAUGAAGGAAAGUACACUUGUUUUGCUGAAAAUUACUUGGGCAAAGCCAACAGCACUGGCCAUCUGUCAGUCAGAGAUGCAACCAAAAUUACACUGGCACCUUCAAAUGCUGACAUCAACCAGGGGGAUAAUGUCACCCUACAGUGUCAUGCAUCACAUGAUCCAACCAUGGACCUCACGUUCACAUGGUCCCUAAACGGGGCUCUGCUAGACCUGGAGCAACCAAAUGGACACUACCAUCGUAUGGAUGGGAAAGAAACCAUCGGUGACCUGGUCAUCAUGAACACCCAGUUGAGCCAAGCAGGCAUGUACACAUGUUCAGCGCAGACGGUUGUAGACAGUGCAUUGGCAUCUGCCAGGCUGGUCGUUAGGGGUCCUCCAGGACCCCCUGGAGGUUUGGUGGUUAAGAAUGUGAACGAAACAUCAUUAGAGCUAAGGUGGAGUCGGGGCUAUGACAACCACAGCCCCAUUGGGAAAUAUGUCAUCAUGGGCCGCUCUGUGCACUCACAUGACUGGAGGAGAAUGAGGACAGAACCUGCUAAUAUUGAGGGCAAUGCUGAAUCUGCACGUGUGAUUGACUUACGGCCCUGGAUGGACUACCAGUUCCAGGUCAUUGCCAGCAACAUUCUGGGUAGUGGGGAACCCAGCAUGCCUUCACAAACCAUUCGCACCAAACAAGCAGCACCAACAGUUGCACCUAGUGGUCUGGGUGGAGGAGGAGGAGACCGCAAUGAGCUCAUCAUCACAUGGACACCCAUGGCCAGGGAAUAUCAGAAUGGUGAUGGCUUUGGAUACAUCUUGGCAUUUAAGAAGUUUGAGGAACCAACAUGGAUGAUGGUGCACGUUCCUAAUGUGGAGUCUUCACGUUAUGUCUAUAGUAACCAGAGUCUCACACCUUACUGCCCCUUUGAAGUUAAAAUCAAAGCAUACAACACUAAAGGCAAAGGACCUUUCAGUCAGAUAGCCAUGGUACACUCAGCUGAAGAGGAGCCAACAUUGUCACCCCGCAAGAUCAAUGCAUCAGCAUUAACAGCCUUUGAGAUCCAAGUCUCUUGGGAACCCAUCCAGCAUUUAAGCAGCAAUGGAGUACUGCGUGGCUAUGAGAUCCGGUACUGGCGGCAACAUGAAAGGGAAGCUGCAGCAGACCGUGUGCGAACAGCUGGCCUGGAGAAUACUGCACGGGUGACUGGAUUAAGACCGAAUACAUUUUAUCAUGUCACUGUUCUGGCUUAUAACAAUGCUGGCACAGGGCCACCCUCUCCACGCACCACUGUCAUCACCAAGAAACCCCCCCCUAACCGUCCACCAGGGAAUGUUUCGUGGAAGACAGAGGGUUCAUGGGUAACUGUGAGGUGGGAUCAUGUUAAAUCUAUGGACAAUGAGUCUACAGUGCAGGGCUACAAAGUCCUAUACAAGCAUGAGGGACAGUCAGCUCUAAAGGUCUUAAACAAAGGCAAGACAUCAGUCAAUCUUCCACUACCCAAAGAUAAUGGCUAUAUGGUCCUGGAAAUCCGAUCUUGGGGAGAGGGAGGUGAUGGGGCAGCUCAUGAAAUCAUAGUGUCUCGAGAUUCCGGAACUGGGAUGAUGGUUCAGAAAAACAGUGUGGGAAUCCUCAGAUCCUUCAGCACAUUAUUUUGGCUUUGGCAUGCUAUGAUUCUUGUUGUGACUGGAUUAUUGAUGCUGUGA